GCCGAGGCUCGUUGAAUACGCACCUGGGGAGGUCCGCAUGAACCUGUGAAGGGGACAGUGCGUGGAGGGACGCGGCGGCCGCUGCUUUGCACUUUGAGCGAAUCAGAUUGGGGCCCUCCGAAUGGACUGAGUCGGGGAAUGUCUCCCGGAGGACAUUUGAGCUCGACUACGGCCGGGACCGCUUCCUCAAGGAUGGGCUGCCAUUCCGCUACAUCUCAGGAAGCAUUCACUACUUCCGGAUACCCCGCUUCUACUGGGAGGACCGGCUGCUGAAGAUGAAGAUGGCUGGGCUGAAUGCCAUCCAGAUGUACGUGCCCUGGAACUUCCAUGAACCCCGGCCAGGACAAUAUGAGUUUUCUGGGGACCGUGACGUGGAAUACUUCAUUCGCCUGGCUCACAAGCUGGGGCUCCUGGUGAUCCUGAGGCCCGGGCCCUACAUCUGUGCAGAGUGGGACAUGGGAGGCUUGCCUGCCUGGCUGCUAGAGAAAGAAUCUAUUGUUCUUCGAUCUUCUGACCCAGAUUACCUUGCAGCUGUGGAUAAAUGGCUGACAGUCCUUCUGCCCAAGAUGAAGCCUCUGCUCUACCAGAACGGAGGGCCGAUUAUAACUGUGCAGGUUGAGAAUGAGUACGGCUCCUACUUCGCCUGUGAUUAUGACUACCUGCGUUUCUUGGCACACCGUUUCCGCUACCAUCUGGGCAAUGAUGUCCUUCUCUUCACCACCGAUGGGGCGAGUGAAAGCUUCCUGCGGUGUGGCACCCUGCAGGGCCUCUAUGCCACGGUGGAUUUUGGAGCAGUCACCAAUAUCACGAAGGCUUUCCUAGUCCAGAGGAAGUUCGAACCCAAAGGACCUUUGGUCAAUUCCGAGUUCUAUACUGGCUGGCUAGACCACUGGGGUGACCCCCACUACACCGUGAAGACUGAAAUAGUGGCUGCCUCUCUCUAUGACCUGCUUGCCCGUGGGGCCAAUGUGAACUUGUACAUGUUUAUAGGUGGGACCAAUUUUGCCUAUUGGAAUGCCCCCGAAGGCCUCGAAGUUCUUCCCUGGCCCUGGCGACUCUCCUGCGGUGCCAACAUUCCCUAUGCGGCACAGCCCACCAGCUAUGACUACGAUGCCCCACUGAGUGAGGCAGGGGACCUGACCGAGAAGUAUUUUGCUCUUCGAAAUGUCAUCCAGAAGUUUAAAGAUGUCCCGAAGGGUCCUAUCCCUCCGUCUACACCCAAGUUCGCCUAUGGGAAAGUCGCUCUGAGAAAGUUCAAGACGGUGGCAGAAACUCUGGACGUCCUGUGUCCCAAUGGACCGGUGAGAAGCCGCUAUCCCCUGACGUUCAUCCAGGUUAAACAGUAUUUUGGGUAUGUGCUGUACCGAACAACACUUCCUCGAGAUUGCAACGACUCGAUGCCCAUUUACUCCUCACCCUUCAGUGGUGUCCAUGACCGGGCUUACGUGGCUGUGGAUGGGGUCCCCCAAGGAAUCCUUGAGCGAAACCGUGUGACAUCCCUGGACAUACGGGGGAAAGCUGGAGCCGUUCUGGACAUUCUGGUGGAGAACAUGGGGCGCGUGAACUAUGGCAGAUACAUAAAUGACUUUAAGGGUUUGGUUUCUAACAUGACCCUCAACGUCAGUAUUCUCACCAACUGGACAAUCUUUCCACUGGACACCGAGACUGCAGUGCGCACCCAUCUUGGGGGUUGGGAGGCCCACGAUGAGAGCCGCCAUGAUAGACGCUUGACCUUUGGCUCUUCGAACUUCACGCUCCCCACUUUUUAUGUGGGAAACUUCUCCAUCCCCUCAGGCAUCCCAGACCUGCCACAGGACACCUUUCUUCAGCUUCCUGGAUGGACCAAGGGUCAAGUGUGGAUCAACGGCUUUAACCUUGGCCGAUACUGGCCCACACGGGGCCCACAGGUGACCUUGUUUGUGCCGAGGCACAUCCUGACGACUUCCGCCCCAAACAACAUCACGGUGCUGGAGCUGGAGCGCUCGCCCUGCGGUGAUGGGACCUCAGAGCUGUGUACAGUGGAGUUUGUUGACAGGCCAGUUAUUGGCAGGUCCCUGGCCAUCAGUGGCCGUUUCCCAGGUCGAUCUGGUCAAGACUCGUGGCUGAACCCCUUGUGAUGACUGAGCCUCUAGGAUCACAGGCCUGCACUGGCUGCAUGGAUCACCCUUGUCUUGCUACAGUGGAAGAUGGAUUUAUGAGGUGUGUGAACUCUCCCGGUAUCUCUAAAGUGGUAGAGACAGUGCCUGACCCCCGACUCUUGUGGCCGCCAGGAAGGCUGAAGGGAGUGGACAUCGCAGGAACACGCACAGCUGGUGUGCAGAGUUGGAACAAAACUUGAAUGAUGUCCCUUCUUUUGAUUUGAAACAAUCAUGUCUUUCUCUUGAAUAAAAUUUGUACUCAAGAGGUAAA